ACAAAAUUCGGAGACCUUUUCAACUUCUUCUGGGACCGUCACUCAGCCCGUUGGCUAGGCCUCAAACUCAAGCAGCCUGAAAAAUUCGCCGCACUCACAGCCUUUACUGAGGAGAAUCUGCAGGGCUUUUCUUGCCAUCGGGCGCCCGCCGAAGGCUCCAGCGAUGUGAUCCGCGUCGCAGCAGAUAUACCCACUCUACUUAAGAUGCUCCGUCUCUGGUCAGAUGAAUUCAUCGACUCAGUCAGCCUUCCGGGUCUGCCCCUCGAAGUGGCCGGGCGUCCGGUUGCUCUG